AAUAAAAAAUAAUGUCUGGAGUUAUCAUUUAAUUUGACAUACAAUAAGUUACAUAAAAUUUUGUUUUUACAUUUAAUAAAUGUUGCCUUGAUAAACAGAAUCAUUUUCUUAAAAAAAAAAACUGACCCCAAACCUUUGACCGUUACUGUAUACAUGUACAUAUGUAUACAUGAUACAUAUAUAUCAAACUUUAUUAAGCCAUGACAGCUUUAAUUAUUAGUUGAAACUUGUAUAUUUAAAUAAUAUCUUUUACUAUAUGAUUUUAAAUAUUUGUUGUAACGAUUGAAAGGAUAACAAAUAAGCAUGUUGAUACUUUCAACAUACUUUUCUUAAGGAACAGUUAAUUGAUAUAUUUUUUUAAUUGUUUCUGUCAUUUGUUGUGAUUAAAAUCUUAGGUUGAUAUUUGUUUAAUAUUUUGUUGCUUUAUACAUGAUAUAAAAAUAGUUAACACUGAAGCUCAAUAAAAAGUAUAACUUAGGCUAAUAAAGUUGAGUUAGUAGUGUUUUUUUUAAAGCAAGGUGUCUAUGUUGUGUCCGGAUUCCACAUAAAGAUGACAAAUGUAGGCUAAUGUCCAUGUUAGUGACCUCUUGUGGUGCCUAUGCAUUGAAACUACAAGGGCCAUCAACGGUAGAAAUCGGGAAAGCCAUUAUUAUUCAUACUUUUUCCAUUAAGCUACUAAAAUCAUGUUAUUCAAUCAUAUCCCAGAGUCGUAUUAACAAUAAAAACAAUAAAUGUGUUACACAAGACGCUGAAGUUUCAAUUUCUAACACUCUCACUCCCACACACAGGGCAUAGAUAGACUGUAUAAUUUAAUAAGAUCUCGAGCUACAUUCUAUCUACCAAUAUAGUGUAGUAUUAUUUAAACACCUUGAUUAAUGUAGAAAAACUCGACAAAUAGAGAGGUGAAUAAAGAGCUCGGCGGUUUGGUUGCGCUGCAGAGCGCGCGCGCGCGUCUGUGUCUCGCGCUCUAGUCAUUGUUACAAAUUGUCGCACCUAGACGGCGACAUAGAGCUCGGGUCUGCUAAAAAACAACAACAUUUCAGCCUCUUUUCCUCCUGGCCAAAAUGCCUGAGCACGUUUGAGUGACCAUGGAGCGCGUUCGCCGUCAUGUAGUGAAACGUUGACACACGUAGGAUUUAUUUCGGAGGAAUGAAAGUUUAAAGAGCACCGAAGGAGGACAACAUGGCUGUGCGGGAGGAAGGAGAGGUUUUGCACAGUAAAAUCAGACAGCAGCAGCACGAUGGUGUUGUUGGCAAUGCAAACAGCGCGGAGAGCUUCAGGAACGGCUAUGUGAAGAGCUGCGUCACUCCGUUAAAACAAGACCAUCCGAGGGGCUUUUUAUUCAACGUCUGCAGGUUUUGCAACGAGGAUAUCCUCAAGUCCAAACUAUUCCGCGGCUCGGCUAUCUACGUGGGAGCGCUGGCAGUUCUGGCGCUCUCCUGUUUCGUUUCCAGGAGCUUUCAGAGUGAACACGGCGUCUUGGAGCUGCGGACUUUCCUCUUGGAUUUCUCCCAGUCCGUCAGUCCUUUAUUCAGCAUCGGCUGCGCGUAUUUCUUCCUCACCCUCUACCUGAGGCGGACCAAGAGGGAGAGCAGCAGAUGUUGGCUUUUGUCUUUGCCAGCAUCAUGCUACUUGGGGGAUUUGAUGGUCGUGCGCUUGUUGCAGUGGGGAGAGGAGCACCAUCAGAUGCAGAUGAUGGGCAGGUUGCUGUUUGUGCUGGGCUGCGUGGGUCUGCUCACUCUCGUCCCCACUCUCAAACUCAAACACAGCGUCCUGAUCCUGGUCUUCGCCAGCCUGGUGUGGCUGCUGUCCUUCACCAGCCUCGGCUGCCUGUCUCCGUCCCUCAGGCCGGUGCUGUCGUGCGUGGCCGGGGUCUCCGGCUCGCUCCUGGCGCUCUGUUUUGAUCAUUACUACCCGCCGAGAGAGUCGGCUGGGAGGGUUCCUAACGCGGAGGAGAAAGUUCCCGUAAUCAGACCAAGGAGAAGGUCCAGCUGUGUUUCUUUGGGAGAAACCUCCACCAGUUAUUAUGGCAGUUGUAAGAUGCCCCGCAGACCUUCCCUGCCCUGUAUAUCAAGAGAACAGAUGAUCCUGUGGGACUGGGACCUGAAACAAUGGUACAAGCCGCAAUAUCAGGGUGCUGUGAGUGGGAACGGCGUGGAUCUGUCUGUGAUCAACGAGGCCAGGAACCUGGUGUCGGAGCUGCUGAUGGACCCGUCUCUCUCGCCGCAUGCCCUCUCCUCGCUGCGCAGCGUCAGCAGCCUCAUGGGGGCCUUCUCUGGCUCAUGUCGGCCACGAGUCAACCCCUUCACCCCAUUCCCUGGCUUCUACCCCUGCGCUGAGAUGGAUGACCCCUCAGAGAGAGGAGAGAGAAAGCCAGUCAAGGGUCUAAGCAGCAGGAACAGUCUCCCGACCCCUCAGCUGAGGCGCAGUUCAGCCUCUUCAUCUCUGCCUCCUCUGGACCCGGCUUCUUCACGCUGGGAACGCACUAAUGGAAAGAGAUCGCACUCUGAGCUCAGCAGUUUUGUUUCUAAUGGGCCUAACAGCAACUUGCUGACUAUUCCUAAACAGAGAUCGUCCUCCGUCACCCUCUCCUAUGGCCACACUUUAUCCAGAAGACCAGGUGCCUCUCCGAGCCUCAGUCCCGUCACCUCCCCGAGUCACAGUCCCCCUGCUGGUCCUGGCUCGUCUCUGGUCACUCGCUCACCGGUUGAGUUCCCCGACACCGCUGACUUCCUCACCAAGCCCAGCGUCAACCUGCACAAACCCCUGGGCUACACAAUGAGUUCGCCAGAUUUUCAGCAGCAGUAUCGAACUUCUGCCUCAACCCCCUUGUGCACCAGUUGUGGCCGACAGAUGCUGAAAGGUGUGCCCAGUGUGGAGGUGGUCGAAGGCCAUCACACAACAGCCAAUGAGAUGCAGAGAACACGCUCAGCUGAUGGAGCAGAGUACGGAGGAGAAAACCUGAUCCGAGAGGAGAGUUUAGAGGCCGAGUCUCAAGAGGAGAGGACUUCAGACACAGCAGGGGAAAAAGUAAAUAGCCAGCCUGAGGAAGAGGAACAGACCUCCAGUACGGAGCAAUCCUCACUGGAUCCUGAGGGAGACGAGGAGUUCAGGCUGGAUCUCAUGCUGGUGGAGCACGAAGAGCUCAUGGAAAAGAUCAACACCUGGAACUUCCAGAUCUUUGAGCUGAUGGAUUUGACGGGAGGGAAGACUGGCAGGAUACUCAGCUAUGUGGCGUACACUUUGUUCCAGGACACGGGUCUGUUUGAAAUCUUCAAAAUCCCUGUGAGGGAAUUCAUGACGUACUUUUGCGCUCUGGAGAAUGGCUAUCGUGAUAUCCCCUAUCACAACCGUGUCCAUGCCACAGACGUCCUUCAUGCAGUUUGGUAUCUUACCACCCAGCCGAUCCCAGGCUUUCAGCAGAUCCACAAUGAGCAUGUUACUGGAAGUGAUACAGAUUCAGACAGUGGAAUCUCUCCAGGCAGGGUGGCAUAUGCCACAUCCAAAAGUUCCUCUUUUCAGGAUGACAGUUACGGCUGUCUGGCCUGGAAUGUCCCAGCUCUGGAACUCAUGGCACUAUAUGUAGCAGCUGCUAUGCAUGACUAUGAUCAUCCUGGUCGAACAAAUGCCUUUUUAGUUGCCACUAACGCUCCUCAGGCGGUAUUAUAUAAUGACCGCUCAGUUUUGGAGAAUCACCAUGCAGCCUCUGCCUGGAGCCUGUUUCUGUCCCGGCCCGAGUUCAACUUCCUCUGCAACUUGGACCACGUUGAAUUUAAACGCUUUCGGUUCUUAGUGAUCGAGGCCAUACUCGCCACAGACCUGAAGAAGCACUUUGACUUCCUUGCAGAGUUUAAUUCUAAGGUUAAUGAUGUGAACAGUCCAGGCAUCGACUGGACUAAUGAAAACGACAGGUUGUUAGUGUGCCAAGUGUGCAUUAAGCUGGCAGAUAUCAAUGGGCCAGCCAAAGACCGCAGCCUCCACCUCAAAUGGACAGAGGGCAUCGUCAAUGAGUUUUAUGAGCAGGGUGACGAGGAAGGCACUCUCGGAUUACCCAUCAGUCCUUUCAUGGACCGCUCGGCUCCACAGUUAGCAAAGCUGCAGGAGUCUUUUAUCACGCACAUCGUCGGGCCUCUUUGUAACUCCUAUGAUGCUGCCGGUCUUCUGCCAGGAUACUGGAUUGAUGAGGAAGGAUCCGACGAUGAAGAGGAAACAGAAGACAAUGAAACAGAAGAUGAAGAGCUGGAUGAGGAUCUUGAACCAAAGAGAAGAAAGCGGCGACGUCGGUUGUUCUGCAACAUCAUGCAGCACUUAACAGAGAACCACAAGGUGUGGAAGAAGACCAUAGAAGAAGAGGAGAAGGCCAAAGAGCUGGAGACACAGCAGAAGCAGCAGCAACAGCAGCAGUCAGAGGGUCCCAGCCUUCCUCCAUCCACCUCCUCAUCCGACGACAUCCAGGUCAUCCAGGAGGAGGCCGAGGAGGAAGAGCGCCAGUAGCAGAAGGAGAAGGUCAACCUAGUAAUGAACACCCCUUGCUCUCCUUCACCUACACAAACACACACGUUGACACCCAGAGGAAGACCCUCGCGGAUCUCCCCGUGCUGAAAUUUGUCACUGUGCCGACACUCUGAAGCUAAUGCAGUUCACAUUGUGUUGAAAAAAAGGCCUUACUACUGUGAGAGGACCCUUUGGUGGGAACCCCACUCCUAUGCACUUUCACCCCAUGGAGAAUCAGCGGAGAACCAACAGAGCUCUGAAGACCAGAUGAAAACAGACGGGAUAAUGGUGCCAUACAUGGUUACCUGGCUGUGAGGCUGCCUUCAAUGUAGAGCUCUUAACUCUCCCGUAGGUACUUGCGUCAAAUAGGACACGAAAAGACUUGGAAAAAGAAAAAGAAGACGAUGACAUAAUUCACACCCGUUACCAAAGCGAACAGUUCAAGAACAUAGAAAGACUGCGACGGAUGCCGUUUCAGGCUCAGAGUCCGGAAGCAUAACUCAAAAUGUGCCUGUCUGAACUUAUAAUAUAAAAUAUAUAUAUACAUAUAUAUAUAUAUAUAUAUAUAUAUAUAUAUAUAUAUAUAUAUAUAUAUAUAUAUAUAUAUAUAUAUAUAUAUAUAUAUUAGAAAUAUUGUUUGUUUUUAUUUUUCUUUUGGUCCAGAAAAUGGGCUAUGUACACUGCACUGUAUGUGCAGUCCCCGAUUCAUGCUGGCGACUUAAAACACUGUAUUACUGAACAGAGUCACUAGGACAAGUGGAAAUGCUGACAUUUUUGACUGAAAAAUUACCUGACUUCUGCAUCGUUUUGGAUGCUUUUUAUUCAUGUUGGUCACCUUCCUGCAGUUUAUUUUUUUUAUUUGCCUUUGUUGUUUAUGAGGUAUUUCUCUUUCUUUUCAUUUGUGGUGUGAUACUUUUCCCCCUUUUCCUCUUGAAUGCUGAGUUGCCAAUCGUCGAAUCUUUCUGUAAAGUUCCUCUGUGUUUAAAAGCAUAGCAAACGGGACAGGAAUGCUGUUCAAAUGAAGGGACGUUUCUCCUUUUUUUACGUUUAAAUAGAUAUAUUUUUUCACGGUUACUCAGGAUUCAUGUGAAGGAUCGAUCCUUGUUUUUUGCGAGAAAAAAAAAUGAAUUCAGCUUGCACGUUGAACGUUCUUUUCAGAGGCGGGACAAAACAAAGUUUCUAUUUUUUUGUACGAAUAACUUGAAAGUCGCUAACUAAAACAGAUGCUCCAUCAAAGUCCUUUUCGGGAAAUCCAUGUUCAUGCGUCAUUACUUUUCAAAGAGCCCCUGAUACAAACUGAAAAGUCAGCAUGCACGUUGAAGAGUAAACAUUGCUUUGGGGUUCACGUUUGGCAUUUAUUGAACAUAAGGACACGCGCUUGUGCUUGUAUUUAAAUGAAUGAUUGCCAAACGCAUAAUCUGGCCAGUUUGUCCAAGUAAUCCAGGAUUUAACCUAGAAAGCUGUACUCUUUUUUUUUUUUUUUCAUUUCUUUUUGUAUUUUCUUAUUCUUCACCAUUAGGCAGGUUUAAUACUAAUAUUUCUAUAUUUUUUGUCUGAAGCAAGAACUCUAGGCAUUCCACUAGAAUAAUGAGGGGAAGACGAGCAGGACGAACCCGCUCCUCCUCCAACACCUCAAACAAACUCAUUUUGUCUCAGUAGAGGAAAGUUCUCAAGUAGGCAGUGUAAAUCAAGCUAGUAUAUUUAAGCGUAAACAACAACAACAAAAAAACGAAUAUAAAUGUGCACAUUUUACUACCAAACAAGUGUUUAGCCUCUGCACAGAAAGAAUACUUGCAUAUAUAAAUAUAUAAAUAUAUAUUAUAUUAUAUAUUUUUUAAUUAAUCAACAGCGCGUCUCUUUUCUACAUACAGCUGACAUAUAUUGUACAUUGAGACCAUGUAAUUAUCAUCUUGUUUCAGGAGUUUUUAAGAAAAAGAAAUCAUUCUAAUGCUAUUUACAGAUGUGGAUGUUUUUUGGGUGUUGUGUUUUUCAGUUUGUUAGUUGUUUAUUUUGGGUGCACUGUCUUUUGUUCCCGCCCAUAACCACUCUCUGCCACUCGAACGCCCCUUAAUUCCAAAGCUGGUGUUGGCGAUGCCGGAUGCCUCCCCGUCUCUGUGUCCCGUCGUGGGUUUGCUCUUUUUCUGGCCUGUGCUCAGGGUGUGUUCUGUGUUGGGGGCUUGUGUGCACCCAAAGCAGCUUGUGGUGCUUCUCUCUCUCUCUGUCUCUGUUUUUUUCUGUCCAGACUGUGUGUGUGUGUGUUCAUCAUUUGUUGGAUCCGGGACUCUCCUCUCCUCAACCCACACACUCUGAACAUCAUUCAGGUUGGCAUGCAGGGUGAUGGCAGAUCGGACGGCCUCUGUUUCUCCCACUGUUGGGGGGGAGGCUUUGGGGUUCGUCACACCACAGUAACCUCUGACUUUCCUGUCAUCACUACCUUUAUAUGAUGGCAUUCACUUUUUUAUGUAGCAUUUAGAUAGCAAUGUCUGAUGUAACCAUUCAGCCUCUUCAGGGUUGUGGGGGAGAUUUGACUUUUUUUUUUUUUUGGUUAUUAUUAUUAUUUAUAGCUGUCAUAAAAGCACCAUCCCUGAACAAUAGUUCUACUCUUUCAACUCAA